CAUACCUUUCCUCGUUUAGCCAUGAUGAGGAUCGAUGAACACUUCUGGUCCCCUGCCCAUAGCCAUGAGCUUUCUGAAGAUGAUCUGUGGAAGAUCAUUGAUAUUGUAAAAGAGGAAAAUCUUUUUCGUUCUCCUGUUCUGUAUUUUUGUUGCGACUGUCUGGAGCCCAUUGCAGACAAUGAUCGUCGAUGCCGUUGCAGUUUAUGCACCAAGCAGUGGCAUCUUCGUUGCAUCCCAGCCUCACCGGACGAUAUACACCACCCGUUCCACUCAUACCAUCCGCUCAAGCUUCUCAUUGAUGUCCCACCUCAUAACUCCAAGAGGGAAUGCGAUGCAUGUCAGGAAGAACUCCAGAGCUAUUUCUACCAUUGUUCGAUGUGCGAUUUCAGCAUGCACGUGAGGUGUUCCAAGGACCCCCCACCACCGAUUGUGGAAACAGCAAAGUGCCACGAGCAUACACUGACCUGUAUGGUUAGAAAUGACACCUUCACAUGCAACGCUUGUGGUACGCAUGGUGAACGAUGCCCUUAUGUAUGCGCUCCAUGCGGUGUUAUGUUCCACCGGGAAUGUAUCAACCUACCACACGUCAUAAACAUCAAUCGCCACGACCACAGGGUCUCUCACACCUAUUCUCUUGGUUUUGGGAAGAGGAAAUGCAUGAUUUGUCACAAGAAGGUGGACUGGAGGUACGGAGCAUAUUCCUGUUCGAAAUGUCCUGAUUAUUAUGUCGUUCACUCCAAAUGCGCAACUAGAGUUGAUGUGUGGGAUGGGGAAGAGCUCGAAGGGGUGGCUGAAGGAGCCGCACACUGAAGUCAC